AUGAAGUUCCAUCUGGCCACUGGCCUGGUAAUUUUUCUUGCCUCUGCUGAAGCUGUAGGAGCUUCUAGCUGGUGGAGCAAGGCUGUGUACAACAAAUGGCAUGAGACAGAGCUUGAAAGAUGGCUCUCCGACCACGAUAUCCCUCACCCUAGCCCUGCCGACCGCAGAGAUCUCGAAAAUUUGGUCAAGUCCAACUGGGACUCCAAGGUUCAGAAGCCUCUUGGUCACGUCACCGACCAAGCCUCCGAUGAGCUGCAGAAUGCUAAGGAAUGGAUUUUCGAAUCCUGGUCCGAUUCGCACCUGAAGGCAUUCCUUGAUCGUCACGGCAUUCCAGCACCUCAGCCACGCAAGCGCGAUACCUUGAUCAAGGCCGCCCGCGAGAACUAUGAAUCUGUCGCUCAAAAGGCCGGCGAGACUGCCGCAUAUCCCGGUAACUGGCUUUAUGAGCAAUGGUCCGAGUCCGAUUUGAAGGAAUGGCUCGACGAGCAUGGAUGGCCCGUUCCUCAACCCACAACCCGCGACAAGCUUAUCUCAACUGUUCGUCGCAGCUCUCGAAUCGCUAGCCUUCAGGCCCGUGCUAUCGCUUCCUCCGCUGUUGCCUCCGCUGAGGCGGCAAAGGCAUCUCUCAGCGACGAGCUUUUCAAUGCCUGGUCUGACUCCAAGUUGAAGGAGUUCCUUGAUGAGCAUGACGUGCGGGUUCCUCAAGGUUCCAAGCGUAAUGAACUUGUUGCCCUUGCUCGCAAGCACCGACAUUAUCUUCUUGGUCAAGCUUCUAGUGCAUCUUCCGCUGCCUCAGAGGCUUUUGGUGCCGCUACCACCAAGGCUGGUAAUGAAUACGCCCGUGCGACAGACGAUGCAAAGCUGAAGGCUGAGGAUGGAUUCAACGGCGCCAUUGACACAUGGUCGGACUCCCGGCUUAAGGCUUUCUUGGAUGCUCGCAGUGUUCCGGUUCCUCAGUACAGCAAGCGUGAUGAGCUUAUCGCCAAGGUACGUGCCAGUGCGCACAGGGCUUCCGGCGGGUGGAAUGAGUACAACUUCGAUACUUGGGACAAGGAACAUCUCCUCAAAUACUUGUCUGCUUUGAACUCCAAGGCUGCAAAGAAGGCUGAUGCCUCUCGCGAGGAACUGAUCAAGCACGCCAAAGACAGCUACACCAAAGCUUCCAAGGCCGGUGGUGAGCAGUAUGCAUCGGCUACUGCAGCCGCCACAAAGGCUACUGGCUCUGCCAAGGAUACCAGCUUCGACCAGUGGUCGCAGUCGGAUCUCAAGAAGUACCUUGACUCUUAUGGUAUCCCGGUCUACCAAGGCUCGAGCAUCAACGAACUUCGUGCUGCGGCUCGUCGUCAAACCACAUUCUUCAAGUACGGCACAAACAAUCCCCAGGAUACCAUCUAUGCCAAGGUCGCCGACACUUUACAGUGGGCUUUGGAUCAGUUGAAGAUUGGUGCAUCCAGUGGCCGUGCCCAAGGCCACGAAGCAGCUGAGAAUGUUCGCGAGAAAGCUUCCGAGAAAGCACAGGGCAUUCGCAGCGAGCUGUAA